AUGCCUCACAGCGAGACUUCGUCCUUGAACGCCCCUGCCAGCGGCCAGGAAUCAUCAUAUGGACUCUGUGGGAGCUCAGAGCUUCCCCUGAGCGAGCAGCUCGAGCCGGUUGCAGUAGUCGGCAUGGGAUGUCGCCUACCAGGUGACGUCCGGUCUCCGGCUGAGUUCUGGGACCUGCUCAUGUCCAAGCGCUCGGCCCAGACGCCCAAGGUCCCCGCAUCCAGGUUCAACGUUGACGCUUAUGCUCACGAGAACAAUGAUCGCCCGGGAAGCUUCCGCCCUUACGGGGGCUACUUCUUGGAAGAGACAUUGCAAGAGUUCGAUCCAUCCUUCUUUGGCAUUACCCCUGUCGAGGCCAUGUGGAUGGACCCUCAGCAACGAAAGCUUCUCGAAGUCGUCUACGAAGCGUUUGAGUCGGCAGGCGCUACGCUGGACCGCCUGACCGGCUCUGAUACGGCUUGUUUUGUGGCUACGUUCACGUCAGACUUUCAGCAAAUGUGCUUCAAAGAGCCCUCGUUCCGCCAUAACCUUGCCGCCACGGGUGUAGACCCCGGACUCAUCAGCAACCGCAUCAGUCAUGUAUUCAAUUUGAGGGGACCCAGUGUCGUGGUUAACACUGCUUGUUCCUCGUCUGUGUAUGCCAUCCACAACGCUUGCAAUGCCCUUCGAAACCGUGAGUGUAGUGCCGCGGUGGUCGGAGGCUCCAACUUGAUUCUCACCGUCGACCAACACAUGAACACGGCCAAGCUGGGUGUGCUCUCCCCGACGUCCACCUGCCACACUUUCAACAGUCAUGCAGACGGUUAUGGACGUGCUGAGGGGAUCGGUGCCGUUUACAUCAAGUUGCUGCGUGACGCUAUCCGAGAUGGAGACCCCAUCCGUGGUGUCAUUCGCUCCAGCGCCACCAAUAACAACGGCAGGGUUUCCGGGGCCGGCAUCACCCAUCCUAACCUUGAGGGCCAGCGGGAUGUCAUUGAGCACGCCUACCGUCGAGGAGGCCUGCUGGAUCCCCGAAUGACUGGAUACUUUGAAUGUCACGGCACCGGCACGGCGGUUGGGGAUCCGCUCGAGGUCCGGGCUGUGCUCCACAGCAUGAACAGAGACCGGCAAGAGACCGACGGUCCGUUGCAUAUCGGGGCUGUCAAGACAAAUAUUGGACACAGCGAAGCAUCGAGUGGCCUAUCAGCCCUCAUCAAGGCCAUCCUCACGGUCGAGAGGGGUGUCAUCCCGCCCACCCAUGGAGUUACCAGCCUGAACCCUGCUAUCAAGUGGCAAGACUGGAAAGUCAACGUCCCAACAGAGCCGACCCCGUUCCCGUCCGGGUUGCCAGUAAGGCGCGUCAGCGUAAACUCGUUUGGCUACGGGGGAACAAACGCCCACAUUAUUGUGGAAAGCGCCGAGGCAUUGCUCGCCCUGCCUCAGACAUACAAGUUCGCAGCGCUUUCGAAAGUGCAAACAGCAAACGAUGCUUGGGACCAGAAUAGGCCGUUCUUGCUUCCUUUCACGGCGCAUGACACCGCGACGCUCAAGAGAAACGUCGAGGCUCUCGCAGCAGUGGCCAGCGAUCAUGACCUCCUGGAUCUGUCAUACACACUGACAAACCGCCGCACCCGAUUCUCUGGUAGCAAAGGAUUUGUAGUGGCAAGUCCGGCUACAUUGGGCAAUGCCUUCCAAUCUCCUUACUUAGGAGAUAACAAGACAUGCUCCAGCUUGGGUCUCUGUUUCGUCUUCACCGGACAGGGUGCACAGUGGGCUGGCAUGGGUGCUGAGCUCAUGGCAUACUAUCCCAGCUUCGCUCGGAGCAUCAGGCAGCUCGACAUGGUCUUGAGCGAAAUCGAUGAUGCCCCUGACUGGACUAUUGCAGACCUCCUGCUCGAACGCGACCCGACAAUCUCCCGGAUCAACGAGGCAGAGUUUUCUCAACCGCUGUGUACGGCCCUACAAAUUGCCCUGGUCAACCUUCUUCACACAUGGGGUAUUGAAUCGCCUGUCACUGUGGGACAUUCGUCGGGAGAGAUUGCGGCCGCCUAUGCGGCUGGUUUCAUCUCGGCCUCCCAGGCUAUCAUUCUAGCAUACUAUCGUGGCAAGGCAGCCCAGGAGAUUCGUACCGACGGGGCCAUGUUGGCGGUGGGCCUGGGGGUUCAUGAGGUUGGCAGCUACCUUGAGAACGCUGAGGAGCGUGUGGUUAUUGCAUGUCACAACUCUCCAUCCAGUGUUACACUCAGUGGUGACGCUGUCGUGCUUGAAACGAUCCGGGAGGCCCUCAUCGCGAAUGGCGUGUUUGCCAGGUUGCUCAAAACAGACGGAAAAGCAUAUCAUUCUCACCACAUAGCCCCGGCCGCGGCCAAGUACGAGAACUGGGUACGUUCUGCCAAAGAUCGAGUUGGCUUUGAGAACGACCAUCGCUUCCCGGCUGGCUGGGCGAAGAUGGUCUCGUCGGUCACCAACACAGUGCUGUCGGAUGACGAUGGCUCUGCCGCGCUAGACGAAGCCUACUGGAGCCGCAAUCUUCUGAGCCCUGUCCUGUUCGACGAAGCUGUCCGCACCAUUUGCACAAACCCUGAGUUUGUCAACAUUAGACUCCUCGUCGAAAUCGGACCACACUCUGCGCUGGCAGGCCCAAUCCGACAAAUGAAGGUAGCAAACGACUUGCACAAGCUCGAGUACCUCCCCACCCUGGUCAGGGGGGUUGACUGCGCAGCGUCACUCCUCAAACUGGCGGGCGAGCUUUUUCUGAGAAAAUACCCCUUCAAUCUGCAACGCGCAACAAGUGUCGAAGAGCUCAACCCAGAAACUGGAAAAAUCCGGCCUCGAGCUGGCAACCUGAUCGUGGACCUACCGCCAUACCAAUGGGAUAAAACCAAAAAAUUCUGGGCCGAGUCGCGAACCAGCCGCGAGUCUCGAAACCUCAAAUUCCCACGCCACGACCUCCUUGGCUCACUGGUCCCUGGCGGCUCUCUGGCCGAACCCACGUGGCGAAAUGUCCUUCGCAUCAGAGACCUGCCAUGGCUAAGGGACCACCGCCUGGGCGGCGAGGCCGUCUUCCCCGCCGCGGGGUACUUCUCCAUGGCCAUGGAGGCGAUGACACAGCUAAACGAACUGCAGCCGUCGCCAGACAAGAUCGAGUGCUAUGUCCUGCGGGAUAUCCUAAUCCAACAGGCAUUGGUGACAUCCGAAGACCUAGACGACGGCGUCGAAGUCAUGCUGAACAUGCACCAGUCCCCCUCCCUGCCCGGCGGCACCUUCUCGACCAGUGCCCGCACAAACCACUGGUGGGAUUUCAACAUCUCAUCCGUCUCCCCGGACGGGAGCAGAAAGAAUCACAUGUCCGGCAGAAUCAGCAUCAACACCCGCCAGCACCGCCCCGCAGCCAGGGAGGUGCCUCACCUCCCCCAACGAUCCUCCGGCAAGGCAUGGAACCAAGCUCUGAAAACCGUCGGCUUCGACUACGGCCCAACCUUCCAAGACAUGGACGACAUCAGAUUCGAUGGCACAACCUACGCCGCACACUGCUCCACGGUUCUCAAGAUUACUGUGCCAGGAAUGAUCGGAGAAUCACGGCACGUACUGCACCCUGCUGCCGUUGAUUCGUGUCUGCAACUCAUGAUUGUAGCUCUCUGGGCGGGUCGGACGAAUGCCAUGGCAUUUGGUGCCGUGCCGGUGGCGACGGAUGAGGUGGUUAUCUGGAAGCCCACAGAUGCCCAGCUCUGUGAUGGACAAGCGAAGGCGUUUUCAUGGGUUGAUCUGCGCGGUGCCCGGCUGUUUACGGCGCACAAUGAAUUGGUUGCAUCGGGAGAUGGCCGGGUGGUGAUGCAGAUCAAGGGAAUGCGGUGUAGUGCGUAUGAGGCGGCUAUUCCGCAAGGGUAUGCUGCUGAGGUUGUGAAGGCUCAGCCGUACAGCAAUGUGGUUUGGAAGGUUGAUGUUGACCAUCCCCCUGUCCGAGUCGUGGGGGGUGAGAUUCAGUUGGAUAUGGAUGUGGCCGAGUUCGUAGAGCUCGCCGUCUUUAAGAACCCAGGUACGCGGGUUCUUGCCGCAGGCGUUGACCCGCAGCAGGUCGAGGAGCUCUUGAACAAGCUUCCCGGUCUUGAUCUAACAGUCAUGGACGACGUUUGCGAGCAGGGUGUGUCAAGUCAAGGUAUCAAGGACGACUUACAAUAUGUUGCCCUGGCCUCCAUCCGGACACCCGCUGAAUUGGGAAGACUUCGGGGUGUUUUGGCCGUUGGCAGCAAGGUCUUGUUGGACUUCCCGUCACCUCAACCCCUGACGGAGAUUUCCGAGCUUCUCAUGACAAAUGGUUUCUCAGAGGUAGACUUUGUCCUGAAGCCCAACACCCCCGGAGGUACGACUAUGGUGGUCACCACCGUCCAAUUGGACGAGAAACCUUCGGAAGAAGCCGGUCUUCUCGAGGAGGUCGGCUCCAAGAGUGGGCAUAUCCUUCUUGUAACCCACCAACGAACUAGCUUGAGAAUCGCGGGCGAAAUCAAACGGCAUUUUGAGGAGCGAGGUUUCCAGGUCACAGUUUCGAGCAUCCAAGACGGCCUGCUGCACCCCGUAGCCAACGUGGUUCUAUUGGAUGACCUUGAGGGCAACAGCAUUCUUGCCAACGCCACCGAGCACGAGUUUCUGAGUGUGCAGAAAAUCCUCAGCGGCGCCAACAACGUCGUCUGGGCAUCUUGCAGCUCCCUUCUCCGAGGCUUAGUUAAGCCCGAAAGCGCGAUGGCUCUUGGACUGCUCCGGUCCCUUCGAUCAGAACGGGCAUCCCUGAACGCUGUCGCAAUCGACCUUGACACCAUCGAUGGUACCCUGACUGAGGACGGUAUCGCCCGUUUCAUUUGUGACAUCGCUACCGAGCAAAUCACCAAAGCAUCACCAUCGAUCGAAACCGAAUACUGCGUGUCUGCCGAAGGGAAGGUCUUCAUCAGCAGAGUCCUCCCCAAUGAGCGCCUGAAUGAUAUAUAUGCCCCCAGUCAGGAACAGCCAGAAUCCAUCCAGUUUGACCCUAACCUCCGACUUGUGGGUAAAAUGCGGUCCGGUAAAGUCAUGUUCGAAGUCCACAACACAGGCCCCACCCCUACAUGUGAUCUGCAGCCGGAAUACGUCGAGGUGCGCGUCAUGGCCACGGGCUUGAACGGGGUAGACGUCCGGAUCACCUCGGGCGCCGACUUUCGAAACACUCUUAGCCAUGAGAUCGGCGGCAUCGUCACACAAGUCGGAUCACUUGCCGGCCAGUCAUUCCAGGUCGGCGACCGCGUUGUGGGCUUCAGCCUCGAGACCUUCUCCACAUACCAAAAGGUCCAUCGCAGCCUCCUGCAGAAGCUGGAGUCAGGGGAAUCACUCCAAGAGUUGGCGAGCCUUCCCCUGGGCUAUGCCACAGCGUUGUAUGCCUUGGAAACACUGGCGGCGGUUGAGCCUGGGGAGACCGUCCUGAUUCCUCCGGGGACCGGGUUUGCAGGUCAGGCUGCGAUGCAUGUGGCACUCGCACUCAAGGCACGCCCGUAUGUCGGGGUGGCUGAAGAAGCUGUUGUCACCAAAGCCAUGGAUCUCUUCGGGAUUCAAGAUAGAAAUCGGAUCGUUGUAUGGCCCGACGAGCAAUCUCGGCUGCAAAACCGCGACGGCCAGUACGAAGUCGACAUCGUCUUCAGUACCGUGUCUGUGGAUGAGUCUCUGGCCAGCGAUGUGUGGCGACACAUAGCGCCGUUUGGCCGCUUCGUCCAGGUUGGUUCCCACAACGCCAUGUCUGCCAAUGUUGCGCUUGACGGCAUCCCGAUCCGCCGCGGUGCGUCAUACCAUGCAUUCGACCCCCUGGAGCUGCAUCGGCGCAAGCCCGCGGUGCUGGCAAAACUGCUGGCACGCACCAUGAGUCUGUACCGAGAGGGCUGCAUUCCCGUUCCGAAGCUGUCUUUCGAGAAUAUCACCUUGUUGAACAAGAGUGUGUCGACAUUUUCGGAGACUUUAGGCGCUGAAAAGGUGGUGAUUCUGCACGAGCCAUGCACUGAGGGGGGGACAUUGCAUGUGUUGCCCUCACGUCCGCAGCUGACACUAAGGAGAGACGGAACAUACCUGCUGGUCGGGUGUCUUGGUGGUCUGGGACGGAGUCUCACGUCCUGGAUGCUGCGGAGAGGGGCGCGGAGCUUUGCCUUCCUCUCGAGGUCUGGAGCUGAUGCCAGAGAGGCUUCAUCGCUUGUGCAGGACCUUCGGGACGCAGGGGCAGAGGUUUACGUGAUGAGAGGAGAUGUGAGCGUGCGAGAGGAUGUUGAGAGGGCCAUCCAGAGCGUCCCCUCUGACAGGCCCAUUCGGGGAGUGAUAAACGCUGCGAUGGUUUUGCGGGACGGAAUCUUCGAUAGCAUGACCCACCAGAGCUGGGAAACAAGCAUCAACCCCAAGGUCCACGGCAGCUGGAAUCUUCAUGAGGCGACAUCUGACCUGGCCCUAGACUUCUUUGUCAUGACGAGUUCCAUAUCGGGCACCCUAGGUACCCCGGGACAGAGCAACUACGCGGCUGCAAACAGUUUCCUCGACUUUCUCGCCCAUCACCGCCAGGCACACGGCAAGCCUGCCGUCUCCAUCGUGCUCCCCAUGGUCCUCGGUGUUGGUGUCGUGGCCGAGAACCUCGAACUCGAAGAUUCCCUAAGGCGCAAGGGCAUCCACGGCAUUGACGAGGAAGAACUCCUCCAUGCCUUUGAAGUGUCGAUUCUCGAGCAGCAACAGCAGCAACAGCAGCAGGACCUCGGCCCUGCACAUGGACCUAUCACCCAUCUGGUCGUGGGCAUGGACCCCUCCCGGCUGCAUAAAGCCAAAGAGGAGGCUGCCGGCGAAGGCGCAGUGGAUGCCUUCUGGGCAUCAGACCCACGCUUCAAGACCACAAUUCACGCCAUGGGAGAAAGUAGUAAUGCCAGCGGUGUUGGGUACAAAGGUGCUCAGCAGAGUAUUCUGGCUAAUAUCAGAGAUAAUGGGGUGUCUUCGGCCGAGACUAUAGCGUCUGUCAAAGGGCAUUUUGUCGCCAAGCUUGCUCGAGUGUUGAUGAUGGACGUCGCCGAGGACUUUAAUGAGGAGGGGCGGUCUAUAGCAAGCUACGGUGUUGAUAGCAUGGUUGGAGCUGAGAUCCGGAACUGGAUCUUCACCGAGUUGGGCCUCGAUAUACCCUUUCAGCAGCUUUUGGGACCGGGGUUGACGAUUGGUAAGCUCGCCGAGUUGGUGUGUGUAAACCAAGGGAUUGUCAUCUAA